AUGUCUGCAACAGCAACUGUGACUACACCUCAAAGCAGAAGCUUUGAGACAUCUCUCAACACAAGUCCCUUCAUUUCUCCAUAUACGCGUAGAGAAGCAAUGGGAGAGAAGAGUCAGUUUAAACCACGUUCCGGGAAUCGAAUGCCUGCAAAGAGAUGCAGCGCAAAUGGUACGAUGAACGAGUUUAUAGUUUUGGAUGAUGAUGAGGAUGAAGUUCUUGAUUUCCCCGAGUCGUCGAAAGCCAAAGGUCCUGUUUUGCCGAAAGUGAUUAGCAUUGACGACGAUGAUGAUGAUGACGAUUGCCAAUUCGUUCAAGAGAAGCGUGCUCCUUUUAGUUUGAGAAAAUGUACACGCACAACAAUGCCCUCUACUCGUUCUGGAACUCGAUAUGGUUUAGGUCCUGAAUCUGAGAGUGAUGUUUCAGGGAGCGACUGUUCUGAUUGCGAGAUUUUAGACAGCGAGCAGUGGGAGAAAGCUAACAAAACGAAGAAAGCAGGUAAAGCUGGUACGAGUGAAGAGGCUGGUCCUUCAAAUCUCCACUGUGACACUAACUUCGGGCCUCGUUUUGAAAGUGGAGCUGAUGAUGGUGGGAAAGAAUCGUCUUCAACUUUCUUUGAAACCGAGGUAACUGAGGUAUCAGGUAAAGCUGGUUUGAGUGAAGAGGCUGAUCCUAAAGAUGUCGACUGUGACGCUAAUGUAACGCCUGGUUUCGAGAGUAGAACUGAACAGCAUGAUCAAACUUCAGGUAAAGCUCCUCUGAGUGAGGAGGCUGGUCCUUCAGAUGAUCUCCACCACCGUGAGUCUACUUCCGGGCCUGCUUUUGAGAGUAGAACCGAGGCUCCUGAUCAAACAUCUGCAAGAAAUCCAGAUUGUGGAAAAGAAACUUCGUCAUCUUUCUUUGGAACCGAGAAAUCAGGUAAAGCUGGAAUGAGUGAGGAGGCUGGUCCUUCAGAUAUCCACCGUGACUCUGAUUUCGGGCCUGGUAUUUAUUUAUUUGGUUCGCGAGUGGAGGUAGGCAACGGAGCUAAAAACUGUGAUGAUGAUUCCAGGUUCUUCUGUAAAGAGAAGUUUCCGUGGUCGUCACCCGAAGUACAAGUUGAACAUGAAAGUUCUGGUUCACCAUCGGCUCAUUUUACUUCUCCAAAAGAACCGAUACAUGAAAAUGGUUCUGAAGAAGCUGAGAAAGAGGUCGACACAGUGCAAGUUCAGUGUGAAACUUCACAGUUGCGCAAAGGGAAUCAAAAGAAAAAGGCUCCAAAAGCGAAACAAAUGAAGAACGCUCCCAAAGCGAAGAAGGCGCCGAAACAGACUCCAAAGAAGAAGGCACCCAAAGAGAAUCUCAAGAAAACGGCAGCAGAUCAGUCUCAUACCAAGGAAGUUGUUGAAGAAGAAGAAGAAGAUGCCGCAAAAUCUGCUCCGCCACAGACCUCUGAUGGAGAUACAACGACUGUGCUUGGCAACGAAAGUGAUGAAACCAGGCGUGAGCAUGGGAUCUUAAUGGAACUAAUCAUUGAUCCUAUCCAAUCUACAAGUGAACAAUUGCAAGGUACAGCUCCUGUAAUCGAUGUCAUGCUUAACAGAGAAAUGUUGAAGGCGACGGAUGAAUACAAGAAAGCACAAGAAGAAGAAUGGGAGUCCAGGCAACAGCAGUUACAGCUCCAGGCAGAAGAAUCUCAGAGGCAACGGAAGAGAAGAAAGCUAGAAAACAUGCGAAACAUGCGACAGUUGGAGGUUGAAAGAAGGCAAAAGGAGAGGGUAGAAGAAGUGAGAGAGACACAGAAGAAGGAUGAAGAAAGCAUGAACAUGAAGGAGAAAGUCCGUGCAGAAAUAACCAAAUCGCUUAAGAUUCUUGAACUCAAAUGCAAUAACAUGGCAGCGUUGCUUCGAGGCUUAGGGAUUACUGUUGGUGGUGGAACAUCUCCUCCGCCAAAUGAGGUACACGCUGCAUACAAACGGGCCGUACUGAAGUUUCAUCCGGACAGAGCAUCAAGAGGUGACAUCAAACAGCAAGUAGAAGCCGAGGAAAAGUUCAAGCUUAUAGCUCGCAUGAAAGACAAAUUUUUAUCUUGA